AUGCAAAAAGCCGGACUGGGCCAUAUCAUCUGGGUGAGCUCGUCGAGCGCUCGUGGUGGAAGUGGGCUGCUGUUGGGGCCGUACUUCACUGCUAAGACGGCUAGGCACUCGCUUGCUUUGUCGCUAUCCACCGAGAUUGCCUGCUGGGGUAUCGAGACGACCAUAGUUGUGCCCGGUAUCUUUACCUCUGGCACAAGCCAUUUUGCUAUCUCUGGAAAGCCUGGUUUCCUGAAAAUCGCGACUGAGUACACUGGUCGGGAAGGCCCUUUGAAAGGUGUUGAAACGGUCAUGAUGGAUGAUAUCGAUAGGCAAUUCCCUAAAGAUACCAGCCCAGAACUUGUAUCCAAUGCCAUCCUGAAAGCAGUCGAGGCUCCCAAGGGGAGCAAACCGUUCCGGGUGUCGGUUCACCCCUUCCAAGAUGGAUCUGAUGACAUUAUAGCUCUGGCUGGUGACAAGUACGAGGAGUUUCUAGAGCGGUGUGAGAAUUUGUAA